AUGUUAUUUUGUUCUUUCGUUUUUACUGAUGGAAGACACUUCAAUGGAGGAACUAUCCGAUGGGCUCCCAUUGAUCGUUAUGAUAAUUCCUCUUCAAUUCAGAUUGCUAUUAUACAGUCUUAUUCAUGGACAUAUCCGACUAUACAAUGUGCCGCCGAUGUACCGAUUUCGACUGUUGGGCGGAGUGGUGCAAAUACUAAUCUGACUUGUGUAGUUGAUUGUUCAACUGAUGGUGGUUAUUCUAAUGCACCAGUUGAUAUUCUCACUGAUUGUACAUCGGCUAGUUCAUUAUUGAGCAUGUUGACAAGCGAACGAUCAAAAAAUAUUACUUUAUCGACUGAUGCACAUUUUUAUAUAGCUUAUACAGGAAAUGCUUGGAUAGGAUUAAAUGAUCCUUUUCAACAAGGUCUUGCCUGGUCUAUUGUAACAUAUAUUGAUCUCCGCAAACGAUCAGAUGGUUUCAUUAACACUUCACCUGUUGCCACAGUUGUUUCUCCACAAUAUGCCGUUGUAAAUAAAACAACACAAAUUAAUAUUCAUGUUUCGGAUGCCGAUACUACUGAUGAUGUGCGUUGUCGAUGGUCAAAAUAUACCGCUGGAUAUAGAAGACGAAAACGAUCCGACAAAGAAGAACAUAUCAAGCAUAGAUCUGAUGUUCACUUUUAUAAAGAAGUAGCUAGUAAUGGAGAACUGAUUCAUAUUAGAAAGAAAAGAGACUGUACGGGCAUCUGUAACGUUUCAUGUACAUUUGGUUGUGAAUGUAGCUGUGCUGGUUGCGUUUCCACAACAUGUACUGGUUCGACAUGUAAUGACAUUGGAGGUUGUGCAAUGGAAGUAACUACGACUACAACUGAUACGACAAGCACAACUGAUACAACAAGCACGACUGAUACAACAACUACAACCGAGACAACUACUACCGAAUUCCAAGGAACAUUAAAAUCAACCUUGUCGUAUGCAAAUCGUCAAGCACUUGACGAAUGUGGUGAUAUUUGUCAUCCAAGCAGUGUGCCUAAUAAUACAACCCUGUCUAACUGUACUAUUACAUUCACAGGUCUUACAGUUGGCAUCUGGUAUGGAGUUGCUAUUCAGGUUGAAGAUUUUAUUAAUGGGACAAGCAUGACACCAAUGAGUUCAGUACCAAUUCAAUUUUUGAUUUAUGUUUCACCACCUUGUGUAAAGAAGCCUAUAAUUAUUCCUCUAGUCCGUUGUCUAGAAGUACAAGUUGGCGUUACAAUCAGUUUUAAUCUAUCUGCAAUGAACUUAUGUGAUCCAAGGGUGGAUACACUUGCUGAUAUUGUUGUUUCAAAUGGAACUACUGGUAUGACUCGUAGUAAUCUCACAAAUUCAUUAACAAAUUCAUCGAUCUCCUAUGUCGAAUUUACUUGGACACCACAGACAAAUCAAACUGGAUUACAGCAGUUAUGUACAAUUGCAUAUACAACUGAAAAUUUACAAUCUGAUCAAUAUUGCAUGGCAUUUACUGUAAAAACUUUAUCUGAUAAUUGUUUAACAACAACAACUUCCACGUCCACAAGUACCUCGGCUACAACAACUUCUGUAUCCACUACUACCUCUACCACAACAACUUCGACAUCUGCAACUACGUCGACGACGACAACUUCCACAUCAACUACCACUUCGCAGACAACAACUUCGACGUCCACAAGUUUUUGUCGAUGUUUAGAUAAUCCAAGUUCAGUUCAUAGACGAGGACAUCUCUUCAGGUAUAAAACCUCUUUUUGUUCCAAACUAUACUCAGUAGCUAAAAAAAAGUCUAUCUUGAAUGUGAUGUGGAUGAAGUGUGGAUGUGGCUGAAGAGAUGAGUCAAAGUUGUACCCACACGUACAUUCAUAAAAGUACUACUCACCAAUUAAAUAUAUCAAAAAAAAAGUAUUGAAAAAUUAUUUCAGACGUGACACAAAUAAAUUCCAGAAUAGGUUUUUCUAAGCUGGGACCGAGACCAAAAAUAGUUGCUUCCACACAUCUAUAGUCAUGGACCAAGUCGAAAGUAGAAUUUAGAAGUUUCUUUUAUCAACAAAUUUUUGGGGAAGUUUGGUAAAAUCAAAAAAGAACUUAAAUAUUGUUUGUUCCAGGCGAAGCAAUUGUUGCUCCAAGUAUGACUGAACUCCAACAAGAUUUGCUGAUUAUAAUAGAUAGUUCAUUUAUAUACACAAAUGCAUGUAUAGGACAAUUAAGUGUGGCAGAUCAACAAUCAUUUAUAAGCAUAAAUAUGAUAAUAACUAAUUAACAUAUAUAACAUUUCAAAAAAUGAUCAACAGUAAAGGUGCUAUAAAUUACAUACACAUAGUC